UCAAUUUUUCCCCUUUUUCUAGCAACAAUAAUGCUUUCCAAUUUUUCCUCGUUUUCAUUAUUUGUCAUGAUAAUUAAUGAAAAAAAUGGAAUUAUCUUUUUUUCCCAUUUCUCAGUAUUUUCUUAUUUUUUAUGUAACUACAAUUGAAAGCAUUUGUCGCAGAUAACUGUAAAUAUUUGAGAGUUCAGAAAAAUUUCUGACUUUGGUUUAACUUACGUUGCUAAUUACAAUAGAAGGAUUCUAUGAUGUGAUUUUCUUUUUUUUUCUGUUAUUUGACAGUAAAAAAUUGUAAAUCAAUAACUCUUUUUAUUUAUCGUGCACACUAUCAGAAAUUUUUUCAAAACUAUCAAUUUUAUAAGCUUUUGAUAUAUUAGUUAUCAACAGAGUGGAAUAACUCUAUAGAUUUUUGUUGAACUUGCUAUAAACAUACCUUUCUCAAAUAUGUUUAUGGGUUUUUGUAGAUAUGAUUAUGUAUUAAUUUAAAAAUUAGUAGUACAUUUCCCAUUGCAUGAUGGGGAUGACUGGGUAAGGGGUUUAUUAAAUAGGUGAAAAUACCACAAAAUUAUUUGAAUAAAAGGUCAUGGUGUGGUUACACAGUUAUUUUAUAUUUUUCUGAGACCCAAACUAUAAAACUAGCAUAGAUACAAUCUUUUUUUGGUUUUGUUUAAUUAGGUCGGCAUUCGAUUCAAACAUGGGGUGUACUGUUGCAGUUGUCAAUACCAUAAUAAAUUAAGCCCAUGGACAAACCCUUUUUUGCAUCCAUGUGUUCCUUGAAAUAUGAUUAUAGUAGAAUCUUUUACUUCUUUUGUAAAUUCAGAAGAAUAUCAUAUGAGCGCCUUAACAAGAUUCGAGCUAUUAAAAGGAUGUGCAGAGUAUCGCGGAGGUCCCUUUUAGAGUCAUUAGGACUCUCUGCUGGUUUGCUUUAUACAUACCCUGCCAUGGCUGCACCUUUACCAAAGAUGGAAGAACUUGAGGUAAUCCGGACUCAGAAGUUGAACAGUGGAGUGAUAAUUCAAGAUAUUGUUGAUGGAGGAGGACCAGAGGCACAUGAAGGGGAUCUGGUUGAGGUCAAUUAUGUUUGCCGGCGUUCAAAUGGAUACUUUGUUCAUAGCACUGUGGAUCAGUUCAGUGGAGAAAGCAAACCUGCAAUACUUCUGCUAGAUGAGAAGAAGAUUAUAAAGGGGUUGAAGGAGGUUUUGAUUGGCAUGAAGGCCGGAGGAAAGAGGAGGGCAUUGGUGCCACCUGGUGUUGGAUAUACAAAUGAAAACUUGCAACCCAUUCCUGAAGAGUUUGGACCUCGAAGAAGCCUUUUGUCACAUGCAAAUGAACCACUGGUGUUUGAGGUCCAGCUCUUGAAGAUACUGUGAUUUUGAGAGAGAGAGAGAGAGAGAGAGGUGCUUUAUUUUCCGCAAUCUGUAAUUUCUCAUAAAUAGCUUUAUUUACUUGCUGUAACCUGAUCAUUGAAUGUUGAAGAAUAUUUUCAUUGGUAUGCAAAUGGGUGGUUGCUUGUGUGCAUAACAUGUGCCAAGCAGUUUUUCAAAAA